CCCCCGCAGCCGGCAGGAUGGCUGAGGGCAAGGCCGGCGGAGCUGCGGGCCUCUUCGCCAAGCAGGUGCAGAAGAAGUUCAGCAGGGCCCAGGAGAAGGUUCUGCAGAAAUUGGGGAAAGCUGUCGAAACCAAAGAUGAGCGAUUUGAACAAAGCGCCAGCAACUUCUACCAGCAACAGGCAGAAGGCUACAAGCUGUACAAGGACUUGAAGAACUUCCUUAGUGCAGUCAAAGUGAUGCACGAAAGCUCAAAGCGAUUGUCUGAGACCCUUCAGGAGGUCUACAGCAGCGACUGGGAUGGGCAUGAGGAGCUGAAGGCCAUCGUGGGGAACAAUGAUCUCCUUUGGGAAGACUAUGAAGAGAAACUGGCCGACCAGGCUGUGAGGACCAUGGAAAACUAUGUGUCCCAGUUCAGCGAGAUAAAGGAGAGAAUUGCCAAGCGGGGCCGGAAACUGGUGGACUACGAUAGUGCCCGGCACCACCUGGAGGCUGUGCAGAACGCCAAGAAGAGAGAUGAGGCCAAGACUGCCAAGGCAGAAGAAGACUUCAGCAAGGCCCAGGGCGUGUUCGAGGAUCUGAACCGCGAGCUUCUGGAGGAGCUGCCUGUGCUAUAUAACAGUCGUAUUGGCUGUUAUGUGACUGUCUUCCAAAACAUUUCCAGCUUGAGAGACGUGUUCUACAGGGAGAUGAGUGAGCUGAACCACAGUCUCUAUGAAGUGAUGAGCAAAUUGGAGAAGCAGCAUUCCAACAAGGUCUUUGUGGUGAAAGGACUGUCCAGCGGCAGCCGGCGCUCCUUGGUCAUCUCGGCGCCGGUUGGAGCCUCCAUCCUGGUGGCCUCCCCGACCAGCCCCUCGGCGCGCUCCGCGGCCAGCGAGAGCGAGUCCCUCUCGGCGGCGGCGGCGGCGGCGGGCGAGGACGCGACCUCGGACGCGGCCGGGGAGGACAGCAGCGGGAGCAGGGAGUCCCUACAGGACGAGGCGGCGGGGGCCGGGCCGUCGGAGGAGGACGAGCCGCCGGCGAGCAACGGCCCCGCGCCGGCCGCGACCCCCGGCGAAGGGCGCACCGAGGCGGAGCGGCCCGGCCCCGCAGAGGGGCCAGAGGCGGCCCCCCAGCCCCGCGCCGCCAGCGAGGGAGCCGCCGCCCACCGGCCGCCCACGCCGCCCAGCAGGCCGCCGCCUCCCAAAGCCCCCGCCAGCCCCGGGCUCGCCGCGGGCAGUGGGCCCCGCAGCCCUCCGGCGGCCCCCUCGGAGGCCGCUUCCAGUCCAGACCCCCCGGAGAGGCCGCCGAGGGCGCAGGAGGCCCCGGAGGAGGAAGAUGCUGGCAGCCCGGCCCCCGGAGAGCGCGCCCCCUCGCCCGGGAGCGCCACCCAGGAGCCUGGCCCUCAGGAUGACCCCUUUCCCGAUCCCGGAGAGAAUGCCAGCACAGUACCCAAGCCCCAGGAAGAGGUAUUUACAAGUGAAAAUACAGAACUCUGAAGAAAAACUGCCAAGAAGCCUCAUCUGCCCAGAGAAGUUUCUCCGGCAGAGGGGUCAGGGAUCAAGCCACAUCCACGUUCUCGGGCGGUGUGAACAUUUAGUCUGGGAGACGGGUCACCGCUGAGGUCUGCCGCAGCCUGAGGGAGGAGGGCACCACAUUUGGAGACGUUUUCCCCAAAGCCUGAGCAUUAAUUGCCGCAGUGAUGCUAACAGAGCGCCCACAGGCGAUCCACACUUCUCACGGAGAACAGGCGUCCCACUCUCCGCUCGGUGAAGCCUUAAAGCUGAAACACUUCAGAUCCCCGAAUAAAGUGCGCUUUGACUACG